ACUUCUCUCUUUCUGUAAAUCUCCAAUUCACACUCAUUUCCGUGGUUUUCUCAACCUCCUCUCUUCUUCUUCUUCAUCUUCUGCGAUUCGCGUUUCACUCAUAUUCCCAAACUCUUCCUGCUCCAUUGAUCUCAUAUUCUCCCGUUGUUUUUCAUUGAAAUACCAUGGAACCCAGUGCUAUGGAUAUCAUCUCGGCGAUUAUCGACGGUAAGUUAGACACAUCCAACGAGGUGGUUUCCAUGAUAUUGCGGAAUCGGAACUACGUGGUGGUCUUGACCACUUCCAUAGCGGUUUUGAUUGGGUGUGUGGUGGUCUUGAUGUGGCGGAGAUCCCAGAGUUCCAAGUGGAAGCCCGUCGUGCCACCCAAACCGUUGGAGGUUGAGGCGCAGAAGGGGGAGGUCGACGAUGGGAAGACAAAGGUCACCGUCUUCUUUGGCACGCAAACUGGCACAGCUGAAGGGUUUGCCAAGGCACUAGUGAAUGAAGCAAAAGUGCGAUACGAGAAGGCGACGUUUAAAGUUGUGGAUUUGGAUGAUUAUGCCGCCGAUGACGAUGAGUACGAGGAGAAGUUGAAAAACGAGAAAUUGGCACUUUUUUUCUUGGCUACAUAUGGGGAUGGUGAACCAACGGACAAUGCUGCAAGAUUUUAUAAAUGGUUUGUAGAGGGAGAAGAUAAGGGACAAUGGCUUCAAAAUCUUCAGUAUGCUGUGUUUGGCCUUGGGAACAGGCAAUAUGAACACUUCAACAAGGUGGCGAAGGUGAUCGAUGAGAAGCUUGCUGAGCAAGGUGGGAAGCGUUUGGUCUCAACGGGUCUUGGAGAUGAUGAUAAAUGCUUAGAGGAUGAUUUCAAUGCAUGGAAGGAAUUGGUGUGGCCAGAAUUGGAUCAGUUGCUGGGGAAUGAGGAUGGUAAAACUGCAUCUACCCCAUAUGCUGCUACUGUGAUGGAGUAUCGGGUUGUGAUUCAUGAUCCAGCAAAUGUACCUUCUGAGGAGAAAAUCAGUCUUAAAGCAAAUGGUCAUGCUGUUGUUGAUGCUCAACAUCCCUGCAGAUCUAAUGUGGCUGUGAGAAGGGAGCUUCAUGCUCCUGCAUCAGAUCGUUCUUGCACUCAUCUAGAAUUCGAUAUUUCUGGCACUGGAAUUAGAUAUGAAACAGGGGAUCAUGUAGGUGUUUACUGUGAGAAUUUAUCUGAAACUGUGGAAGAAGCGUUAGGAUUACUUGGUCUGUCACCAGAUACGUAUUUUUCCAUCCAUACUACUGAACAAGAUGGGACACCACUUGAUGGCUCAUUGCCACCUCCCUUCCCUCCCUGCACUUUAAGAACAGCACUGGCUCGAUAUGCAGAUCUUUUGAGUUCACCAAAAAAGUCCGCCUUACUUGCAUUAGCUGCCCACGCUUCGGAUCCAUCUGAAGCUGAUCGGCUUGUACAUCUUGCCUCUCCUGCAGGAAAGGAUGAAUAUGCAGAGUGGGUGAUUGCCAGCCAAAGAAGUCUCCUUGAGGUCAUGGCUGCAUUUCCAUCUGCCAAACCAUCACCUGGUGUCUUUUUCGCAGCUGUUGCUCCUCGCCUGCAGCCAAGAUAUUAUUCUAUCUCAUCGUCUCCUAGAAUGGCCCCAUCCAGAAUCCAUGUUACCUGUGCAUUAGUUUAUGAUAGAAUGCCCACUGGAAGGAUGCAUAAAGGAGUCGCUUCAACUUGGAUAAAGAACUCAGUGCCAUUGGAGGAGAGCCAGAACUGCAGUUGGGCUCCUGUAUUCGUUAGGCAGUCCAAUUUCAGACUCCCUGCAGAUUCUGAAGUGCCUAUAAUCAUGAUUGGUCCUGGCACUGGAUUGGCUCCUUUCAGGGGUUUCUUGCAGGAAAGAUUGGCUCUGAAACAAGAGGGAGUGGAACUAGGCCCAUCUGUUCUAUUCUUUGGAUGCCGCAACAGGAAAAUGGACUUCAUCUAUGAAGACGAGUUGAACCACUUUGUUAACAGCGGUUCACUUUCUGAGCUCAUCGUCGCCUUCUCACGGGAGGGACCCAACAAGGAAUAUGUGCAGCAUAAAAUGAUGGAGAAGGCCCCAGAUAUUUGGAACAUGCUAUCUCAAGGAGCUUAUAUAUAUGUUUGUGGUGAUGCCAAAGGCAUGGCUAAGGAUGUACACCGCACUCUCCACACAAUUGCACAAGAGCAGGGCUCUCUGGAAGGUUCCAAGGCUGAGAGUUUUGUAAAGGACCUACAAGUGACUGGCAGGUAUCUGCGUGAUGUGUGGUGAUACAAGGGAAACAAAAACGAAAAAAAGAAGCUUGAAGGAGUAAUAUGGGAUACUAAAAAGGGAUUUUGUGCUUGUUACUUUUUCUCAGCAGCUAACUCUAUGAUUAUUUUCUCAUUAUCUUCAUAAAAAUUCUUUUUGCUCCUGUCACUUUCAUACAUAAUGAUGUAAUCCAGAUCCAGUUUUCGUGUAUUCCUAUCGUCUGAGCCUCCAAAAUCAUCGCCCCCUGUAAUUAGCGCAAAUUUCUUUAUAUUACAUCGGUUUAUUAUUAUUA